AUGUUCUCAUUCAAGAACCAUGCGGCUAAGCAUUGCUUUUUGACAUUAGCUUACUUCUCCAAUCUCGUAACUUCGGCCAGCACUGAUAUUCGGCGUAGAAUGGAUGAGUUCCCUCAAGAUAUUGCUGUCUAUGGACUAAUGGACAAAAAAGCCGUGUCCUUGUUGCCCCAACAGACCAAGCUUUCAAACCCUCUAACCCCAAAAUACAACCCCGAAUUUGAAGGCCUGGUGAAGGUCCACGACUUACCCACGACCAAGUUCAUCCUUAUGUAUUCGGACGCGCCUGGAGAUUGUAAAAGGAAACAAUUUGAUCCGCUUUUCACCACCGAGCAGGAACCGAGCGACGGUGACUUCGCCGUCGAUUUCGACUUUAUGCCUGUGACACCAACGGGAAGGGUUCAGGAGUUCAAGUACAGCCCCGAGAUUGCUUUUAGAAAGAUUCGGAAGGCGGUGAACUCAACGACGCCAGAGGGAAAAUACAUCCGGAUAUAUGCUGCUACGAAGAUUAUUACAGAGGUCUACAG